GCAAUUUUCAAACUAUGGCGGAUGGAAGACGCGGUACCCCAAAAUGUAGCCCAGAGGUUCGUAUUGGGAACUACAUAAUCGGAGAAACACUUGGUGUCGGAACUUUCGGAAAAGUCAAAGUUGGAAUUCAUAAAUCUACUGGUGUGCAAGUUGCUGUAAAGAUAGUGAACAGGGAUAAAAUCAAAGCUCUCGAUGUCGCCGGCAAACUACGUCGCGAAAUCCUCAAUCUUUGGCUUUUCCGACAUCCCCACAUCAUCAAGUUGUAUCAAGUCAUUAGUACUCCAACUGACAUAUUUAUGAUAAUGGAGUAUGUCAGUGGAGGGGAAUUAUUCGAUUACAUAGUGAAGUCUGGAAGACUCUCUGAGAAAGACGCUAGAAAGUUUUUUCAGCAAAUAAUUUCCGGAGUCGCCUACUGUCAUCGUCAUAAGGUUGUACAUAGAGAUUUAAAGCCAGAAAAUUUGUUGCUGGACUCAAACCAGAACGUAAAGAUUGCUGACUUUGGAUUGUCCAAUAUAAUGCAAGAUGGUGAGUUUCUACGUACUUCUUGUGGAUCCCCAAACUAUGCUGCCCCUGAAGUAAUAUCUGGAAAGCUAUAUGCUGGUCCGGAAGUAGAUGUAUGGUCCUGUGGAGUAAUUUUGUAUGCAUUGCUAUGUGGCACACUUCCUUUUGAUGAUGAACAUAUACCUACACUUUUUAAAAAAAUCAAAGCAGGCUAUUUCCAUUUGCCAGAAACUUUGAGUUCAGGUGUCAGGGAUCUUCUUCGAAGAAUGAUAACUGUGGACCCGAUCAAGCGUGCAACCAUAGAAGAAAUCAGACGACAUCCGUGGUUCUCAGUUGAUCUUCCUAGUCAUCUUUUCCCUCAAGAACGCGAUGAAGAUGCGUCAAUAAUUGACAAGGAAGCAGUUUAUGAAGUUUGUCAAGCGUGCAAUGCAACAGAACGUGAAGUUUUCGCUGCCUUACUAAACAAUGAUCCUAGUGAUCAAUUGUCAGUUGCUUAUCAUCUUAUCAUAGACAAUAAACGUUUCGGAUCAGUUUUAAAUCCAGAAGAAGUGAAUAAUUUUUAUGUUGCCACUGGGAUUGAUUCAUCAACCUCAUCAGUAGCAGCAACAACGCCAAAUACAUCGAAUAGUCCACCCAGUGGUGGUACAUUGACUCAUUCUCAGCCUGGUGGUGGUCGAAGUCAAUCAUUAAGUCCAAAUUAUGGUAACAAUACUGGCAUGAUUGGAUUAAAAGGUAGAGGUAUUUCUCCAACACGACCUCAUCCAGAAAGAAUGCCUGAUGGACCACCGUUAUCGAGAACAUUAGAUCCAAUGGGGGAUUCGUUGACACCUGGAUCAAUUGUUACAGGUGAUUUGAAUUGUCCAAGUCAAAUUUCUUCUCAAGCACAAUCAGCUAUUACAUCGGGAGCUGCAGCGGCCAGUGGAAUGAAACGUUUUAAAUGGCAUUUAGGUAUACGUUCUCAAUCAAGACCAUGGGAUAUUAUGCAUGAAGUAUUUAAAGCAAUGAAUUCACUUGGUUAUGAAUGGAAAGUUGUUAAUCCGUUUAAUGUACGUGUAAGAAAAUGGAAUCCAAUACUACAGCAUUAUUCUCGACUUGUAUUACAACUUUAUCAGGUCGAUGCAAGAUCAUAUCUCCUCGAUUUUAAGUGUAUCGAUGAAAGUCAAUUAGAAUCUGAAACAGCGAUGGGUAGACUACGUUCAAACAAUAUGUCAGUAUGCCUUGAUGCUUGUAGUGGAACUCCUCCAGCUGCUAUGGGUACUUCAACAUGUAGUAGAGAUGGUAGUUUUUCCGGUAGCACUGGAUCUGCUAGUCCAACCAAUUGCUACGAUGGUCCAAAUACAACUGAAUUUUCUCGAUCGUUUUCAGCUAAUUGUCAAGAAGUACCGAUUAACCGAAGAACUAAACGACACCAAACAAUGGAAUUUUUCGAAAUGUGUACUGAACUUAUUACUACAUUGGCUCGAUGA